AUGAUGUUGCCGAUACUGCGUGAUCAGUUUGCUACUGAAACCUGGAUAAUUGGCUGGAUUAUUUCUCUGGUAGAUGCUGUCGGAGGAGUCUCGGGUCCUUUGGCGGGGUUUUUGAGUAAGCAAUUCGGCACCGGUGUCAUCAUUAUGGCUUGUGGUGGAGUGUUUGGCCUUGCAUUGAUAGCUGCUUCUUUUGUGACGACUGCAACGCAGCUAGCUAUAACGUUGAUACUGUUUGCUGGUAUAUCAUCAGGACUUUCAGCUGUUGUUGUAAAAGAUACAGUCGGCCGCUGUUUCGGUAAAAACCUCGCAACGGCAACAGGAAUUUCAUACACUGGAGGCUCGAUAGGAAUGAUUGUUUUUCCGCCUCUCAUCCAACUUUUUCUUAGUAGCUACGGAUGGAGGGGAACCAUGCUAUUGAUAGGAGGAAUUUCCAUGCACCUCGCCGUAUGUGGCGCUCUUAUAUUGAGAGCUGAAAUACCUGAAAUAGCGAACUAUCAACAGCUUCCAGAAAACGGAUUGUUAGCAACACAUACAGAGAAUCAGAAAUGGUCAUGUGGAACAUUUUGGAAGAACGUUUUCAAAAUUUUACAGGUGUCAUUGCUUUGUGAUUUCCGUUACUGGUCAAUGGCAGCCAUGGUAUGCAGUACACUCAUAUGUUAUGAUAUGUGGAUUAUAUAUUUUGUAUCGCAAGCUCAAUCGAAAGGGAUUUCCAUCGGGGAAGCGGCAACUAUUGUUGCAAUUGCUGGUAUUUUCAGUCUGGCAGCAAGAGUUAUUCAAGGGUUUCUCAUAGAUCGGGGAAUAAUUUCUCCUUGGAUAUCCGUAGUUAUAUCGGUUAACAUCUGUUCAGCAUCGUACUUUGCAUCUGCCUGGUUAGCGUCAUACUGGACACUGAUGGUCUCAUCCAUAUUGAUUCUGUUCUUCGACGCUGCGCUGACUUGCAUGUUGGACGUUUGUACCAAAGAGCUUCUUGGUGUGAAUCUACUGGCCGGCGCUUAUGGCUGGUUUGGUAUUAAAACUGCUACACUUAGGAUAAUCAUUGGAUUUCUUCCUGGUCUAAUUUACGACAUCACCGGUAGUUACCAAGCAGCUUUUAUCAUCAUUGGUUUUAUUCAGUUAGUACCAAUGAUCCCUCUUUUAAUGCUAAAAUAUCUUAAAUACAUUUAAUAAGUUCGAUAAGCUCGUGACAGUUCACUGGCUUUUGUCGUCCACGCCCUGUCACCGAAUUUAUAAUUUAAUAGAGUCAAUGUCAAAUCUGUCUGCGCAUUAAUAAGGCAUCAACCGAGUACCGGCCAUCUAUUAAUUUAUUGCAUUUGGGGCCUACGAAUGUCUUUGAUUUGUUUUCUCACCGGGUAAGCUCAUAAUAGCAACAAAAUGUGCUAUUAUGAGCUUGCCCGGUGAGAAAACAAAAUCAAAGACAUCCAUUUUUUGUUCUUUACUGUACCAUGUAGAGUAUUGUACACGGUAACAAUCGUUUCAAGUCUUAUUGUCACACCUCUGUCUUGGAUACUGUCCGUUUAUUGACCCAGAUUGCCAGAGCGAUAACAUGACAGGGCGAUAUCCGCAUGUCACACUCAGCGGAGACAUCUCAUUCUACAGAUGGUGCGUGCACGGACACGUGUACGCACGCAGAACAAAAGAGCUUUGGGAAGUUACUUAAAGAACGAACAUUGAGUGCUCUUUGGUCAGAGAAAUGUUGAGUAGCACAGUGACCAGAAUAUCGACAAGAAUAUAAAUCAAAUCAGUUCUUUAUGAAUACCAGGUUUUUGUAGUAAAUCAAUUGGUUAUAAAUUCCAGAUUCCCCCCCAAAAAGUCC